AAUUUUCAUAUUCCAACAACUUAUUGGUAGACUUCUCGAAACCAUUACUUCAAAACCAGAUUCAAAAAUUCAGGAGAAAUGAUGAAUGGUGUCCAAGAAUUCCCAUCAAUUCUUCCCAAAAGGUACAACUCCUCCAAGCGUGUGGGCGGCGAGGCACCAAUCACGGUGCUGUACUACGGCGGCGCAGCCGGCUCGGUGCCGUUCUUGUGGGAGUCUCAGCCCGGGACGCCGAAGCACAAGCUCAGCGACGGCCCUGUCCCGCCCCUGACCCCGCCGCCCCAGUAUCGGUCGAGCUCUCAUGGUAGCAGCCCUAGCUUGAAGAAGAAGCAUUAUUCCAAGAUUUUCAGCUCCAUCUUUGCUAGGAAGAAAACCACCGCGCCCUCUUCGCCGUCGCCGUCGUAUUCGUCGUCGUUUGAGUACGAGGUUGGAAGAGAUUCACCUACGUCAACGUUGUGUUUUUGCCCCAUGAAGAGUGUGAAGAAGGUGGUGAAGUCCAUUGCAAGUUCUAAAAAUUGAAGAUGAUGUUUAAUAGUGGAGUCUUUUUGAUUUGUACAUUUACGUGUUAAAUUGGGAAUUGUUUUGAUAAUGUCCUGGUUUUUAUGGCAAAUGAAUUCUAAGUGACAUGGUA